CGGACCUCGGACGCGUGCACUUCAUCAGCAACCGAAGUGACGCCUCAGUACGAGUGUGACCACGGUCUCGAACGCACAUUGAAUAUUGUAGACCAAAGCGUGUUUAUUGCAUCGUGUGUUUAUCAACAUUAAAGGGAACAUGGCAUCGAGCGUCAAUUGUAUGAUCGCAGCUCUGGCUUUUGCCCUCGCGAUUCAGUCCGGUGCUGCCUUGCAGUGUUGGAUCUGCAACAGUGACAGUUUCUCGCAGUGCGAUCAUCUCGGUAAUGCCACGGAGCACACUAAAAUAUCAUUCCUGAGGGACUGCAAUUCACAGCAAUCACAAACUCCAUACGGAUACAACGAGAAAUACAUCUGCAGAAAAAUGGUCUACACCCAGGGUGGCAGAACCACAACCCAGCGUCAAUGCGAUACUCUCCGCGCAGACGAAAGAGACAUCAAGGAUGGACCCUGCGGUCAUCAAAUAUCGACAGAGUACAGUUCUCGAUCAAUGGUAUCCUGCAACAUAUGCAGCACCGAUGCCUGCAACUCAGGCACCUCCAUCACAGGCUCAGCUAUAUUCCAAGUAUUCGCCAUCAUCCUCGCUGUGACUCCACUCCUGGCUGGUGUCAAAUCAUUCGGCAUCUAGUCACUUCAAUCGACAGGAGCAACAAAAAAAGAUAAUUAAGUGUUUAUCAAAUAUUUUACAUUCAUAAAUUCAGAUUACGUAUUCACAUAAAUGUAUUCUAGAAUUUAAAAAAUUAAAUGAUUAAAUAGGUAACGCAGGUGACGAAGAUUAAUGAUUUUUUUAACGGACAACCGUACGAGGCAGACAUUUGGCUUAAAUUAUUUUCGCUAACAAAAAUGAAAACUAUAUUUACGUUGGAAUUUUCUUAGUAAUUAUAUCGGCGCAAUCUGCACCGCAGGUACAAAACUAAUUUAAUGUAACAAUAUCCCCCUGUAACAUUGUUAUUUUUUUAUAGUUUCCUCGCCUCCCCCUCGAACCCCUUCUAUUUGUACAUUCGAUACUCGUCCUUUUCUACCCCCUCCCACGACACCCCGAUAAAAAAUCCGGCCGUAAUUUCGGUAGACAAACGGUAAAACGAUUCGACUCCAUAGAAAGUGCUUCCACUCAACGAAUAAUGAAAUAACAAUAUUUAUCGCAUUAAUGAAGCUCAUUGGCGUUCAAACGAAGAGAGGAAAUUGAAGGGAACUAAAUAUGUGGCUUAUCAGAUAUCCGUCCAAGUUGAUGAACAGAAACUACGGUGAAUCAUCACGAUCAGCGAUUUUUAAAUAAAAAAAAAAAUCAUAUCCGUGGAUUUUAUUUAUCAUUUUAAUUUUAUUUUUAUCAUUAUGGGAAGGUUUUUAAUCAGAUGAUUUGGUGAAGUACAUGCCUUACCUAUUAGUAUUUAUCACGAUAUUAAAAUUGUACCGAAUAUUUGUGAAAAAAUUGUCGAAAUAAAGCACUUUCUACACGAUA